AUGCAACAAAAUAAGGUUUGGAGAAAGAUUGAUUAUGAUAUUCGAGAAAAGCCUAUUCUUUAGUUCAGAUUUCAAAAAGUAGGCAGGAAAUCAAAUGAACUUUAUAUUGGAUGUUUUAAUGAUUAUCUGAUAAAAUAUAAAGUAACACAUUUAAAUGGAUUUUAGGAUCCAUUCUAUACCAUCCCAUAUAAAUUAUUUGAUUUAGAAUUCACCAGCAAAUUCGAAGUCAUAAGAACUCCUUCGAAAUUAAAACAAGAGAAACAUCAUACCAAAGUUAGAGGUGAAGAGAUCUUAGAAUUAGGGGAAAUUGUAGCAAUUCGUUUAAUUGUUGAAAACAUUGAUAAACCCUAUGAAAUUCAGGGGAAAACUGAAUAAAUGCAUCAAUUUAGAAGUUUUUUAGGCAACAAAAUCAAUUAAAUUGGAUUUCACAACUUAUUUCGUGUUUAUAAAAAAAUUGGGAGAGGAAAUUUUGCAUCUGUUUAUUUAGCUGAAAGAAUUGAGGAUAAUUUAAGAAUGGCAGUAAAGGCGUUUUCCAAAUAAAUUGUUUAUAAUGAGGAGAAAGGAAGAGAAGGAUUAAUAAAUGAAAUAUAAAUCAUGAGAGAACUAGAGCAUCCUAAUUUAAUGAGAUUGUACGAAGUAUAUGAAACCAAAAAUUCCAUCUAUAUGGGUCUAGAGUUACUAGAGGGAGAUCAAUUAUUCGAAUAUUUAAAGAAGAAAGUCUAAUUUACAGAAAAACAAGUCCAAAGCAUAAUGGUUGGUUUGCUAAUGGGACUCAAGCACAUGCAUUAAAAGGGGAUUAUGCAUAGAGAUUUGAAAUUAGAGAACAUUCUAUUUAAAUAAUAAGGUAACUUUGACUCUGUAGUUAUUGCUGAUUUCGGAUUGGCCACUCAUGUUAAUAAGAAACCAUAUUUAUAUUAAAAAUGCGGUACUCCUGGAUUUGUUGCUCCGGAAAUAAUCAAUCUUAAAAAUAUGUAUUAGCCUUAUGAUUCAGUCUGCGAUGUUUAUUCAAUGGGAGUGGUCUUUUAUAUCUUAUUGACUGGAAGACCCGCCUUUACUGGGAAGACUUAUAAUACUAUUGUUAAAUAAAACAAGGAGGCUAACGUUAAUUUUGAUUCUCCACAUUUCCAAAAUACUCCUAAGGAAGUUCAAAGUCUCAUUUUUCAAAUGCUUUAAAAAGACCCUUUAUUAAGAAUCAAAAGCAUUGAGGCUUUGUUGCAUCCAUAUUUGUAAAGUGCUUUGUUGAUUGAAGAUGAUGAGGCACAUAUUUCCACCGAUGAUGAUCCUAAUCUAAUGGAAAGAAUUUAAAUUCUAAAUAAACAAACAGAAAAGGUCGACUUUACUAGAAUCAAAAGAUAAAAUAGUUAGAAUAUUAAAGAAUUAAGACUAUAGGCUACUUAAGAAUUAAAAUAAAACCAAACCUCAGAUGAGGAACUUAAAAUAAUCAUGAGAACACCAGUAAUUACGGGAAGAGUUAAUUCUGUUGAAAAUUCUCCUAUGCUGAAAUGCAUUUCCCCCUUUUAAAGUGCUGGUGGUUAUGACGAAAUUGUCCAUGAUUAAAUUAUUUUGUAAAGAUAUUCUGGGAAAACACUAAAUAUUUGA